AUGGAGGUAGAUUCGGAAGGAAGGAUGGGUAAUGUUUUUUGGUCAGAUGCAAGGUCAAGACGAGCUUAUGGAUUUUUUGGAGAUGUGGUGGUAUUUGAUAUGACGUUCAACACGAACUGCUAUGUGAUGGUCUUUGCGCCUUUGUUAGGCAUUAAUAACUAUCGGCAGACAGUGUUGUUUGGUUGUGCAUUCCUAACUAGUGAAACCACAGAUUCAAUUGCAUGGUUGUUAGAGGAAUUCAAGAAAGCUAUGCCAGGUGAGCCACCCAAAAUGAUCAUCACUGAUCAAAAUGCAGCAAUGUCAAAGGCAAUUGCUAGACACAAGGAGUUAAUGGCUGAUCAUGUUGACAACAAUGAAAAAUCUCCACUGCCAUUUCGAACACCAAUGCAACAUAAAAUGACAUGCAUUUACACUUGCGCAAUCCUUGAAAUGUUUGAGAGGGAAGACUUCAGAAGUCUUUUAUGCUUGUUCGAACUUAUAGAGCAAGAUGAGACGCACUGCAGAUACAAAGCAAGAUCACUGAUGGUGACUUCUAACUGA